AUGCUGGCUGCUGCUCUUCGUUCUGGCGUUCCUGCAAAGUCGCCAGCACGGUACACCCUUAUCAACCUAUACACCACUGUCGCCAACCUAACGCGCAAACAAUGGAGAACCGGCGGUCAUCCCGCACCCAAAUCACUAGGGCACACUCCACCAGAAGCCGACGACGCAGACGCAGACGAACCCUCCCGCCCCAUCUCACACCGUCCGCAUCCCCUCAAACCGGAGUUCCAGCCCACGCCACAUGAGUUCCGGGCCUACCGCGAGACGAUGAAGAAGAAGUUUCCGGAGGGCUGGGCGCCCCCGCGCAAGAUCUCGCGCGAGGCGAUGGUCUCGCUGCGGCACCUGCACCAGAUGGACCCCGAGACGUUCUCGACGCCCAUCCUGGCGGACAAGUUUCGUAUCAGCAAGGAGGCGGUGCGGAGGAUACUGAAGGGCAAGUGGGAGCCGACAAGGGAGGAGCGGGCAAGGUUGGCGGAGAGGGAGAGAGUUGGGAGGGCGAGGUUUAGGGAGGAGAGGCGUGCGGAAGAAAUGAGGAAACAUGAGAGCAUCGAGAGGGAAAGUGGGAGAGAGCGAGCGCCGCGCGAUGGGUUCACUUUGACUUGA